CAAUGGCGCAUGUGCGAUUAUAUUAACCGCACCGAUUUCAGUCGAAAACUCAGGCCAUGGAGCAUCGCUGUUGUCAUCUCCUUCAUACACAGAGUUGGGAAGGCUAGUUUCUCUGACACAGUGCUGUCUGUCCAUACUUGGCAUUGGAGACAUGUCGACAGUGGCGUUUGAGUAACAAAACUGUAAACCUGAUGAGGAAUGGAAAGAUGCCUACUGUCUCAAUUGAGCAGGCCCAGAAUAAUUACUCCAAGGCUGUAAAAGCGGGUCUUCUUAAAAUUCUUUCCAAAAUGGGGAUCUCAUUGCUUUCAAGUUAUUGCGGUGCACAUAUUUUUGAAAUCUAUGGAUUAGGAAAGGAAGUUGUCGAUCUUGCAUUCAGAGGAAGUAUGUCAAAAAUUGGGGGAUUAAAUGGCACUUCUUCAUUCUGGAAAUGAAGAUAUGUAGGCAGAUAGCUAUUGAAGAUACAAAAGCUAACUUUGCUCCGUUGAAAGGCUUUACAUUCUAUAUUCU